UUUCUCCCUUCUCCUUUCCCCCUUGUUUCUCCUUAAUGUUGGGAGCCUUAUUCUGCCCUCUGAUGUGAUUGAUAGUCCUCCUUCUCUUGCUGCUGAUUUCCAGUUUAAGCUACAAUGGCUCUGAGUGGCAACUGCAGGACUUACCUUCCUGCUCGGGAGCAGGGGACAGGGCUGCACUCCUUCCCCGAGGUGGUGGAGCUCAACGUGGGCGGCCAGGUUUACUUCACUCGUCACUCCACCUUGGUUGGCACCCCUCACUCCCUGCUCUGGAAAAUGUUCACCCCAAAGAGAGACACAGCCAACGAUCUGGCCAAGGACUCCAAGGGAAGAUUCUUCAUCGACAGAGACGGUUUCCUGUUCCGCUAUAUUCUGGACUAUCUCAGGGACAAGCAGGUGGUUCUGCCCGACCACUUCCCAGAGAAGGGAAGGCUCAAGAGGGAGGCUGAGUACUUCCAGCUCCCGGACUUGGUGAAGCUGCUGACCCCCGAUGACAGCAAGCAAAGCCCUGACGAUUAUUGCCACAGUGACUACGAAGAGGUGUCCCAGGGCAGCGACACGAGAAUUUGCCCCCCCUCGUCGCUCCUCCCGCCGGACCGCAAGUGGGGAUUCAUCACCAUCGGCUACCGUGGCUCGUGCAGUAUUGGCAGGGAGAGCCAAGCAGAUGCCAAAUUCAGGAGGGUCCCGAGGAUUUUGGUUUGUGGAAGGAUUUCUUUGGUCAAAGAGGUUUUUGGAGAAAGUUUGAAUGAAAGCAGAGACCCGGACAGGGCUCCAGAGAGGUACACCUCCAGGUUUUAUCUCAAGUUCAAGCACCUGGAGAGGGCUUUUGACAUGUUGUCCGAGUGUGGAUUCCACAUGGUGGCCUGUAACUCCUCGGUGACAGCUUCCUUCGUCAACCAGUACACAGACGACAAGGUCUGGUCCAGCUACACCGAAUACGUCUUCUACCGCGAGCCCUCCCGCUGGUCCUCGUCCCACUGCGACUGCUGCUGCAAGAACGGCAAGGGCGACAAGGAGGGCGAGAGCGGCACGUCCUGCAACGAGCUGUCCACGUCGAGCUGCGACAGCCAGUCCGAGGCCAGCUCCCCGCAGGAGACCGUCAUCUGCGGGCCUGUCACCCGCCAGCCCAACAUCCAGACUCUGGACCGGCCGGCCAAGAAGGGCCCGCUGCAGCUCCUGCAGCAGUCCGAGAUCCGCAGGAAGAGCGACCUGCUCCGGACUCUCACCUCCGGCUCCCGCGAGUCCAACUCCAGCAAGAAAAAAGCAGUGAAGGAGAAGCUGUCCAUCGAGGAAGAGCUGGAAAAAUGUAUCCAGGAUUUCCUGAAAAUCAAAAUCCCAGACAGGUUUCCCGAGAGGAAGCACCCCUGGCAAUCCGAACUGCUGCGGAAGUACCACCUCUAGGCUGCGGCUGGGGAGAGCCGUGUCCCGAGCGACACAAAAGCGAUUCCCAACAAUAACUAUUUGUUAGGUCACCGAAACCAAAAUCCAUCUCUAGUACUGCCUAAUUUGCCUAUCUCACCUUAACAUUUCCGGUCGUAGGGGAACGAUAUUUUUGCAGUCCUGGAAGCACAACGACAAACGCUUUUGUUUGUAAACCCGGAGUCUUACACAAGCUGAAAACCUUAAGGGCACAAGCAGCCCCACCCCAAGGGAUGCUGGCGUGGCCCCAGAGCAGGCAGGGCAGGGUGCCGAGGGCUCCUGGAGCCUGCUCGGAGCACGCGUGGCCGCAGGGAGGAGCACAGCACAAAGCCCCAGCUCUGCCCCGGCUGUUUAAGCAUGUGUAUUUAUAUAUGUGCAUAUAUAUAUAUAUAUGUGUGUACAUAUAUCUCUGUGUAUAUAUAUAUAUGUAUAUAUAUAUAUCAAUAUAUACUGCUUAAAGAUUUUCUGGCUCUCUCCUUAUAACUGCACUUUCUCAGAAAAGAGCAUUUUUAUAGUCUGUGGAUGUCCUGUUCCUUCUCCAGGCCUUUGAGGGCUGAACAGUAGAAAUCCAUCUCCCUGUGUCUCUCCUGCUGCCCCUGCCAGGCCUCCCCCGUCCCUGGGGCACUGUAAAUGUGUCCCAGGGGAGAGCAGGGCGCAGUCUGUGGCUUUGUGUUACCAUCAGUAAAAUAUUCCGUUCCUUUGGGAUGCUCCUGUCCCUCGUGUGCUGCUGCCCGCACCUCUGGUGUUUGCCAAGGCUCCGGGUGCCCGUGGCUUGGCGGUGCUCUGUCCCCGCUGGAAAGCCCCGGGGGUGGCUCUGGGCUGUGCAGGGAUGCUGGGGAGGAUGUUCCCUCCCACGGGGCCGUGGUGGCACCGUGCCUGUGUCCCCUGUGUGUUCCCAGAGCCCAGGGAUGGGCAGGGCUGCGCUGGCCCUGCAGAGGGGUCGGGCUGGGGAGGGGGCACGGGCUGGCCAGAGCUGGGGCAGGGCAGCCGUGGAGAGGAUGGAACGGUGCUCCAGCUGUGGAGACCACAGCUGGGGACAAACCAGCUAGAGGAGCUGGGAGCAAUCAUUUGUUUCUAAAGCACAGGAAGAAGAUUUAUAUAUAUAUAUAUAUAUAUAUGAAUAUAAAACUGUGGUCAGUGACGGCGCUGGUAACACAGAACACUCGGAUUCUGACUCAGUAAGUGUCCUGCAGGUUCCAGGGCUCCCCUCUCCUGAAUUCCAGCAGCUGCUGUGGGAGAUGCUGUCCUGCCUGCUCAGGUUCUCCUGCUGCAGUUCCAGCCAGGAGGAACCCUGGUGCCAUCAUGCCGGGCUGGGACGGCGGUGGCAGGGACCCCUGAGGUCUCCAUGAGCCCACGGUGGUGUUUGGGGUUGGGGGCACCUUUUGCCAGCCAAAGGAGGAAGCAAUACUUGUGCAGAGGGCUCGAUAAGCAGGAGCCGGCUGCAGGAGCCCUCCCACGGCUGCAGGGAGCAGGGCUGGGAUGUGCAGCUGGGGUCAGCUCUGCGACCUUGUGGGGGCAGGAGGAGCUCUGCCUGGGAAAUGCUCAGUGAAGAGACUCAGCACUUCCCAGGACUGUGCUUUAGAGCCGGUUCAGGGUCCAGGACAUUCCCUCCCACCGGAAUUCAGGCCCGCCUCUUGUGCCACCCUCCACUCACAGGCUCUAAAGGCACAUCUUCCCACGGAAAUCAAUCUUUCAUACAAGCUCCACAGAUUCGGCCCUGCUUAGUUAUUUCAUGGUUAGUUGACAGCAUUUUUCUCUCCCUACUCAACAUUUCCUGCAUCUUGUCCCCCUGGGACCCCUGCCCCCUGCUCUGAAGCAAGAACUGGGGAACAGGCAGGGCUCUCCUCUGGGUUUCCAGCAGGGCUUUAGGACAGGUCACCUUUGUUCCUUCAGCCAAAACCUCGUGCUUUCCCUGCAGAUCUUUCCCUGAGUACCCCAGCUGCCUGUGCUGUGAGCUGGGCGCAGGAGCAGGCGUUGGGUGUGGGUGUUCCCAGGGACACGGGAUUGCUCCGUCAUUAAUAACUGGGGGAAAAUCAGACCAAAUGAAAUGCGCCCAAGUGGGCUUGAUUUAUGUGGCCUUCAUGUCUCCAGUUUGAGAUGAAAUGGUUAUUGCUACAAAAAUAAAGGUCUUAAGCUUCAGUAGUAACAGGCAGGUCCAACCUGGGGCCGGGCUGGGGCAGUGCCAGGUGCUGGGCCCGUGCCCGUGUGUGUUUGUGUGUUCUGCUGCAUCUCUGAGGGUCCUGCUUCUGCUCUGACCCCAUGGACAGCUGUUUUGUGAGCGGUUUGUGCAGAGCUGGGGCUGUGCUGGCAGCUUUUGUGCUGCUCAGAGGCCCUGGGGGGCUGUAGGGGGAACACAGGGGCACCGGGCGGUGCUGGGGGCUCUCACACCCCUGGAGGGGUCAGCAGCUCUGCCCAGCGUCCCCACUGCUGCCCAGAGCUCCCUUCCUUCCCUCCUCUGCACCAGCAGUGCCCCACAGCACCCCCAGCACCUCUGGGGCACCUCCCCGUGCCCCCCUGGGACAGGAGAGGGGACAGCUGGCAGUGCUGCAGAGGAGCCCCAGGAGAGCAGGGGGCUGGAAAUGCUGCCCCACCAUGGCCCCGUAGUCCAGGUGGGCCAGGAGGGAGCAACCAAACCUUCUGCAGGCACCUGGAUGGUGGCAGGAGGGUGACCUCCCACACGGGCCCUGGAGAUCCCAGCGUUAGUGCCACGCACACAGGGAUGCACAGCUGCACGGGCACCCCUGUCCUGGGUGGGGACAGAGCCACCCCGGUGGGGACAGAGACACCCUGGGUGGGGACAGAGCCAGCCCAGCUGGGGACAGAGACACCCUGGGUGGGGACAGAGCCAGCCCAGCUGGGGACAGAGCCACCCCGGCUGGGGACAGAGCCAGCCCAGGUGGGGACAGAGACACCCUGGGUGGGGACAGAGCCUCCCCAGGUGGGGACAGAGCCACCCCGGUGGGGACAGAGACACCCUGGGUGGGGACAGAGCCACCCUGGGUGGGGACAGAGACACCCCGGGUGGGG